CCCCCACGUAUGCCGACCUGCCGGAGCACGGUCUGAUGGCGGCGUCCACAGGAAAGCGUCCCCCGGCGUCCUGCUCCGUCCCGCAGCCAGACUCCCUUCAGGGAGACGAGGACGAUGACAUCAUCAAACCCAAAAAACUGGUGAACCCCGUGAAAGCUUCCAAGAGUCACCAGGAGCUCCACCGGGAGCUGAUGAGCAGCUGCAAACGAGGAGGGGAGCGUGUGGAGAUGAAGCCCGAGCUGCAGAGAGUUCUGGAGUCGAGGAGACGAGAUCAGCUGAUCAAACAGAGGAAACAGGAAGAGGAAGCUCGCAGGAAGAUCUCUCCUCUGGAGGCCGAGCUGCAGAAGAGACACCAGAAACUGGACCAGAUGGACAAAGAGCCGAAACAGCGAGAGGAAAACCUGAAAGCUCCGGAGUUCGUAAAAGUGAAGAAGAAUCUUCGCAGGACGUCGUUUCUAAAGAGGAGAAGGAGGUGUAGAGAGGAGACAAGGUUACACUCUGAGGACUCUUCAGAGGAAACACUGCAGGACAUCGUGGGAUGAAUUACCUGACUCUGGACUACUUCCUGACUCUGGACUAGUCUGGACUACUUCCUGACUCUGGAUGACGUCCUGUCUCUGGACUACUCCUGACUUGGACUAGUCUGGACUACUCCUGACUCUGGAUGACGUCCUGUCUCUGGACUACUUCCUGACUCUGGACUAGUCUGGACUACUUCCUGACUCUGGAUGACGUCCUGUCUCUGGACUACUUCCUGACUCUGGACUAGUCUGGACAACGUCCUGACUCUGGACAACGUCCCGACUCUGGGCAACGUCCUGACUCUGGACUACUCCCUGACUCUGGACAACGUCCUGACUCUGGACUAGUCUGGACAACGUCCUGACUCUGGACUACUUCCUGACUCUGGACUAGUCUGGACAACGUCCUGACUCUGGACGACUUCCUGACUCUGGACUAGUCUGGACAACGUCCUGACUCUGGACAAUGUCCUCACUCUGGAAAACGUCCCGACUCUGGACUACGUCCUGACUCUGGACUACUUCCUGACUCUGGACUAGUCUGGGACUACUUACUGACUCUGGACUACUCUGGACUACUUCCUGACUCUGGAUACUUUCUGACUCUGGACUGUCUGGACUACUUACUGACUCUGGACAACUUCCUGACUCUGGACUAGUCAGGACAACGUCCUGACUCUGGACAAUGUUCUCACUCUGGAAAACGUUCCCGACUCUGGACUUCGUCCUGACUCUGGACUACUUCCCUGACUCUGGACUAGUCUGGAACUACUACUGACUCUGGACUACUCUG